CAUGAAAAAAUAAUUCGCAGCAUUGUCCUCUCAUUAGCUCUUAUUGGGUUUGGCCAAGAGAAUCUUGCUGAGCCAGUGAUAGAGCAGCUCUGUCGAGAUCGUGAUGCAAUCAUUCGGUAUGGGGGUAUGUAUGCGAUCGGGUUAGCUUAUGUUGGAACGGCGCACAAUUCUGCAGUCCGGCGUCUCUUACACGUUGCUGUGUCUGAUGUUUCAGAUGAUGUGCGCAGAGCUGCUGUCACGUGUCUUGGGUUGGUCUUGUUUCGCAGUCCGCGUAGAGUACCAACUCUGGUAACAUUAUUAGCGGAGAGCUUCAAUCCUCAUGUUCGCUACGGUGCAUGCCUAGCCAUAGGAAUUUCGUGCGCUGGUACUGGAGAUCCCGAGUCUCUGCUUUUAUUGCAGCCAAUGCUAUCCGACCCUGUCGACUUCGUCCGGCAGGGUUGCUUGCUGUCGCUGUCUCUUAUCCUGAUGCAGCAGUCAGAAUUUAACACGCCGUCAGUCAAAUGGUUUCGCGAAAAGAUAGCUAAAAUGGUUAAAGACAAAUAUCCUUCCGCAUUGACCAAACUUGGUGCCAUUGUCGCUGCUGGGAUCAUAGAUGCUGGUGGGCGGAAUUGCUCUGUUUCUCUGUGCUCAUCUGGUGGUUUCAUUCGCCCAAGCGCGUGCAUAGGUAUUGCUCUUUGGACUCAACAUUGGUAUUGGUAUCCAAUGCUGCACUUCUUUUCCCUUGCGCUCACUCCGUCUGUGCUGGUUGGAGUGAAUAAGGAUUUCAGAUUGCCCACGUCUUUUAGUGUAUUUUGCGCAUCCACGGCAUCGAAGUACGCGUAUCCAUCCAAGAUCAAAGAGAAAAAGGAAGCCAAGAGGGAGCGCGUUGUAACCGCAAUCUUGUCAACAACUCUGAAGCAGCAAGCUAGAGACAGAAUGAGAGACAGAGAAAAAGAUCAUCGUGAUUCUUAUCAUUCAGAUGCGCCGGACACCGUCAGACUAAUAAGCUCGAAGAACACGCAGCUGAACGAAGGAAAAAGUGCGGAGGAUGAAUCACACAGCGAGAAACAUCACUUUCUUCCCAACCCGUCUCGUAUAUUAGAUGCUCAGCAAGCGCAUUGUUCCUUCUUCUUUGAUCAGCGUUACAUCCCUGCAGUUGCCAAGGUAAGACCCACGGGUGUUGUCAUGCUCAAAGACUGUCGGCCCUCAGAGUCUGACGUGACUGUCGCGAUAAACACAUUGUCCCUAGAGUCCCUUGGGUGCGCGGAAGCAGACCUGCCCUUGCCCUUUUCUUGGCCAAAUUAGUGUUUGCAAAACUGAAACAGAGUUCCUAUUGCCAAGUCAACUAAAUUAGUCAUGACCCUACCGGACGAGAGAACACGCUAGAUCUCAAGUUUGCGGCUCGAGCGAGAAUUGGAACGGCUCUUGAAUCAAGUCGCUGGUUGCAUGCCCCGGGUGCGCGGCCAUAUGCGUGGUUUUAGCGGCAAAAAUGUUGCCUGUCAAAUUUCCAACUGACGCAACAUUGUCGGGGAUGUAUGUGGGUUCAUGUUCGCUCGCUUGACGCCAGCAAGUAUCGGCCUCGCCGGACCCAGCCCGCGGGGAAUUCGACGUGCUCUAGUUCGGGCCCCGCCUGCGCCCGCGUGAAGCCCCCAGCCGCCAGCAGUGUAAAAAGCAGAACUUUUC